AUGUCGCUCUUCACCGCGCAACUUCACCCAGGGCGGGCUCUGGGCUUUCUCGUUCUCGGAGCAUCCUUGCAUGAUGUCUUGACGCGACUGAAGGCUGAGCCGCAACGGUUUCCGCAACUCGAUCUUGCCUACUCCCGCGAGCAGCCCGUUCAACAGCCCGUUACCCUGACGCUCCCUGCCAACGGCAUUCGCCUACGCUUCGAUGGUCCGGAACAGCGCCUGCGCUUGAUAGAGGUCGUCGAUUUCACAAAGAACCACGUCACGUUCAAGGACCGUGAUCUGGUCAAGCCCGCAAACUCGCAAGGGCCACCAUCCUCUCCUGUACCCGGAGAAUCCAGCUCCGGCCCAACCUUCCGACACAUCUACCACAGACUGCUUGGACCAACAUACGGCGGAGAGUACAUCCCACCAACCCCCGACGCCGCCGAUAGCCUGGGUAACUACAUACUCUCUUAUCCGGGUGUGGCCUUUACCUUCCAACUGGCCGAAUCCGCGUACUCCCCCAACAAGGACGUCGUGUCGCUUCUGUCCUCCGCUGCGAGCCAAGUAGCCACAUCCAUGGCCGUUUUUAGUGGAGAUUCAUGGGCUGAAGCACGCGAAAGUCUUUGGACAGAGGUCCUUCCGAGUAUCAAGACGGUUCCUGUACUUCCAAGGGGGAAGGACGUUGUUCCUGACGAAAUCUCGUUAGUAAAGAUUCAUGGCGGUGGCAAGCUCCAGCUGUUCCGGAAAUGGACCAACUCAUCAAUUUGGAUCAUCCUGGGAGAAACUAGCCCGCAGGAACUGAUUGCUGAGCUUGGCCCGCCCAACGCUACAUAUCGGAAGAACGACCAGAGAAUGACAAUACACAAGCUUCGGACGGCAAGCCACAGCCGCGCUCGGUCAAAUGGUGGUGAUCUCAGUCGCCCAGACGACUUGACUGAUACUGACCAGUCGUCUGCAAAUACGGGCUCAGAUGAUGACAAUGACGAGGCUGUCGAGGAAGACAUUGCUGGCAACGUUUCUGGAGAAUGUUUCUACAAUUACUUUUAUUUAGGUUUUGACGUUCUUGUCUCGACACCUUCACCGCCGUCAAGAGCGCCGCCUGCUCAGAAUGAGUCACAGGUGCCUCCUGGAAAACCCAUAAAGUCAGAAUCCCCAGACCGUCUCGUUGCUACGAAGUUGGUGCUUCAUGGCAACGUGCCCGGAUCAUACGAAUUCAACCGACAUCGCCGUUGUCGAUGGGAAGUUAGCUAUCUCGAGGACGGCCCGCAAGGGGCAACGGCAGAUUCGGAGACCAAAUUCAGUGAGAUCAAGGACAGGCUGAACGAACGGUGGAGCGGCGCAUAUCCAGACGGAGAUUCGAAGGCCCCUCAAAGAGGCAUGGUCCUUAACAGGGGAUGGGGGGAUAGCCCCGGCAGCAGCUGCGAAUUUCUUGGAGGGUGGGAGGAUAGCGGUGCCAAGAGGCUGGACGGAAGCGACGAUUCAACAACUACUCUAUUUGGAUUCCCGGGGCUCGUGUUUGAGGUGUUAAAGAACGAUCAUGUUAAUACUGUCACUGUGUUUUAG